GCACAGCACUGCCUGAGCAUCAAGCAGACGCCUUCUGAAAGCAAACCUCCAAUCAUGAACUCCCUUCGCUCAAUCUUUGUGGUCGCCAUUGUUUUGGCUGUGGUUUGCUCUACCUUGGCCAUGCCUGGUGGAUUAGGCUAUGGAUUAGGAGGAUUGGGUGGAGGAUUAGGCCAUGGAUUUGGUGGAGGAUUAGGCCAUGGACUGGGUGGUGGAUUUGGCAGUGUCACUGUUGUCCGACCUGUUGUAAGUAAAGUCGUUUCCGUCGGAGGACUUGGAGGAUUCGGAGGACUUGGAGGAUUUGGAGGACUUGGAGGAUAUGGAGGACGUUACGGUGGUUAUGGAUGGUAAUUUUUUUGGAAUACCCGGCGAAUAAAACAUAAUAAAUAAUAUAAUCAGUAA